AUGCCUCCUCGCAAAGCUACCACCGCCGCAAAGGCCGGCACGACCGUGAAACCGCCCUCCAAAAGCAGUGUGACCAAGUCGACUGCAGUAGCCAAGAAGACAGCUGCCCCUUCGAGAGCAUCCAAAUCGCGGAAGGCUUCAGCCACCAAAGAGCCGGAAGCCGACUCGGAUGAUGCGCCUGAAGAGCUUGACGAGGUAGAAGAAGACGACGAAGUUGAUGAAGUCGAACCACCCAAGACUAAGAAGCCUGCGGCGAAAGCAGCUACCAAGAAGGCCGCGCCGGCUCCCAAGAAAUCGGCCAGACAAGCUGCGAUAACUAACGGCACAGCCGCGACUAAAGACGACACAAGCGAUGUUGCGGCGAAAAAGCCUUCUAAGAGCGCGCCCAAGAAGCAGGUCGCCAAGAUCAAUGGUUCCAAGCGCAAGGCACCUGAAGAGUCUCCUGACGAGGACUUGGAAGCUGCGCAAAUUGAAAGACCUGCGAAAAAGCCAAGGGCCAUGGCCGCUGCAAAGAAGACUGCUGGGCCCGCUGGGCCCAAGCUUGGAAACCCCAUCAAUGAGAUCCCAACCCAAAAGCUGGAUGUCUUUGUCUUCGGGGAAGGCUCAUCGGGAGAACUUGGUCUCGGAAGCAGUAAGUUCGAGGGCAAGAAACCCAUCGACGUCAAGCGACCGCGAAUCAACCACAAUCUCGCCGCUGAGACUGUUGGUGCCGUCCAAGUGGCCUGCGGCGGCAUGCACGCCAUCGCGCUGACUCACGACAACCGAAUUCUCACCUGGGGCGUCAACGAUGACAAGGCCCUUGGCCGUGACACCGCCUGGGACGGCGGCACCCGGGAUGUGGAUGACGAGGAUUCUGAUGAUGACGACGAUGACUCCGGGCUGAAUCCGCAUGAGAGCACACCUGGUGAAGUUGACAUGACAUCCUUCACCCCUGGCACCAAGAUUGUACAGGUCGCCGCAACCGACUCGGCCUCCUUUGUGCUCACCGAAGAUGGAUAUGUGUACGGAUGGGGCACAUUUAGGGGCUCCGAUGGAAUCAUCGGCUUCAGCGACGAGGUUCGCGUUCAGCCAACGCCAAUUCGUAUACCCGAUUUGAAGAACAUCAGCCGUCUUGCGUGUGGCUCCAAUCACGUUCUCGCCAUGGACAAGGAUGGCAAGGUGCUCACUUGGGGCAGCGGUGGCCAGUACCAACUCGGCCGAAAGCCAAUCUCACGUCACGGAGGACCUCUUGCUGGUCUGAAGCCAGAAGCUUGCGGUCGCUUCACCAAAAGACACCAUGCGGUAGACAUUGCUGCCGGUUCCUACCACAGCUUCUACCUCGACAAUAACGGCAAAGUCUGGGCCUGGGGCCUCAACAACUACUCGCAGACCGGACACACCGACGAUACAGGCAAAGAUGAUGCCAUGGUCCUGCUGCCCAAGGUUGUCGACUCGCUGCGCGAAAAGAGCGUGGCUCGCCUUGCUGGCGGUGAGCAUCACUCUGUUGCUGCCACUGAGGAUGGUGAGCUGCUUACUUGGGGUCGCGUGGACGGUCACCAAGUCGGCCAUGCAUCAAACCUGUUCACCGAGGACAAUGCUGUCUUUGACGAGUCUGGCAAGCCUAGAAUUCUCACAGAGCCUACUAUUGUAGAAGGUAUCAAAGCUAUGUUUAUCGCCGCCGGCACUGACACAAGCUUCGCUCUGGAUGACGAUGGCAAGGUCUACUCCUGGGGUUUCUCAGCCAACUACCAGACAGGCCAAGGUACCACUGACGAUAUAGAAAUUCCAACUUUGAUCGACAACACUGCCGUCCGUGGUCGCAAGCUUGUUUGGGCUGGUGCUGGUGGACAAUACUCCAUCGUCGCUGCCGUACACGGAGACAAUGUCCCCAACGGCCAUUAG